GUCAGGAUCCAAGGACAGACCGCGGGCUCGCGAGCAUCAUCAGGUCAUCACGAGCCUCCACCGACAGAAACAGCAGAAUAAAAACAGAAGCUGGUGACAUCAGAGGGAAUCAAAUAAAAACGAUUUAAUAAUAAUUUUUUGUCUGAUUGAUUUUCUUGGCGGUGAGUGAAGCGACAUCAUGAAGACGCGGUGAAUCAACAGGACGAGGCGCGAGACCGGAUCAACAAUGUCAGCGGGUUUAUCGAUUAAACUGUGAAUGAAAAUCAACAUUUCAUCGACACAAAUCGGGAUUUAAUCCUCCGGUGAAGCCGACAGACUACUGAAAUAAAACGAAACGUCACCGGAGAUUUUCACCGCUUUAAUAUUUCAUUCAUCAAUUAAAACAAAAGCUGAAAGAGACACGAGACACCGGGACCGAAACCCAGCUGACGGUACCGGGCUGACACCGGGAGCACCGGGAGGACCACCGACAUUAUAACAAACACACGGUGAAAAUCAACAGGAGACGAGAAUUCUGACCCGAGAAAACCGAGAACAGCAACAGGAGCAGAAGCAGCUGAAACAUGGAGGUGCGUGGCGUGCUCCUGCUGGCGGCGUUGCAGUGCUGCUCGGUGGCUCUUGGUGGUUGUGAGCCUCGGCUGGUGAACAUCGGCGCCGUGUUGAGUCAGAAGCGAUAUGAGCAGGUGUUUAAGGAGGCUGUGAGUCAGGCCAACACGCUGUACGGGAAAGACAAGUUCAAGAUGAACGCCAUCUCCGUCACGCACAAACCCAACGCCAUCCAGAUGGCUCUGUCUGUCUGCGAGGACCUCAUCUCCAACCAGGUUUACGCCAUCCUGGUCAGCCACCCUCCUCAGUCCAACGACCACCUGACGCCGACGCCGGUCUCCUACACCGCCGGCUUCUACAGGAUCCCCGUGGUCGGCCUGACAACACGUAUGUCCAUCUACUCCGAUAAGAGCAUCCACCUGUCCUUCCUGAGGACGGUGCCUCCGUACUCACACCAGGCUCACGUCUGGUUCGACCUGAUGAGAGAGUUCAGGUGGAACCACAUCAUCCUCAUCGUCAGCGACGACCACGAAGGCCGAGCUGCCCAGAAGAGACUGGAGACGCUGCUGGAGGAGAGAGAGACCAAGGCGGAGAAGGUGCUGCUGUUCAGCCCAGAAACCAACCUGACAGCUCUGCUGCUGGAGGCCAAAGACCUGGAAGCCCGAGUCAUCAUCCUGUCUGCCAGUGAGGACGAAGCUGCAGCAGUGUAUAAAGCAGCUCGUCAGCUCAACAUGACCGGCUCUGGUUAUGUCUGGCUGGUCGGAGAGAGAGAGAUGACGGGCAAAGCUCUGAGUGACGCUCCAGAUGGCCUGCUGGGCCUCCAGCUGAUUAACGGUAAGAACGAGUCGGCUCACAUCACGGACGCCGUGGCGGUGGUGGCUCAGUCCCUGCAGGAGUUGUUUGAGAAGGAGAACAUCACAGAGCCACCACGAGGCUGCGUGGGUAACACCAACAUCUGGAGGACCGGGCCGCUCUUCAAACGGGUGCUGAUGUCAUCCAAGUAUCCUGAUGGCCUGACGGGACGGAUCGAGUUUAACGACGACGGCGACCGGCGCUUCGCCACGUACAGCAUCCUGAACUACCAGCAGAAACCGGGUCGCCUCGUCCAGGUCGGAGUCUUCAACGGGUCGCAGGUUGUGAUGAACCCUCAGAGGAAGAUCAUCUGGCCUGGAGGAGAGACAGAGAAACCAGUUGGAUACCAGAUGUCGACUAAACUGAAGAUUGUGACGAUCCACCAGGAGCCGUUUGUUUACGUGAAGCCAACAAAGACUGACGGGACGUGUAAGGAGGAGUACACCGUUAACGGAGUUCUCAUCAAGAAGGUGAUCUGUACCGGACCCAACGGGACCAUCCCAGGCCAGCCCAUCGUCCCUCAGUGUUGCUAUGGUUUCUGCAUCGACCUGCUCAUCAAGCUGGCCAUGAGCAUGAACUUCACCUAUGAGGUUCACCUGGUGGCUGAUGGGAAAUUUGGCACACAAGAGCGAGUGAACAACAGUAAUAAGAAGGAGUGGAACGGGAUGAUGGGGGAGCUGUUGGGAGGUCUGGCCGACAUGAUCGUCGCUCCCCUCACCAUCAACAAUGAGCGCGCUCAGUACAUCGAGUUCUCCAAACCCUUCAAAUACCAGGGACUCACUAUCCUUGUCAAGAAGGAAAUCCCGCGCAGCACUCUGGACUCAUUCAUGCAACCGUUCCAGAGCACACUGUGGCUGUUAGUCGGUCUGUCGGUCCAUGUGGUGGCAGUGAUGCUUUACCUAUUAGACCGGUUCAGCCCGUUCGGAAGGUUUAAAGUGAACAGUGAAGAAGAAGAAGAGGACGCCCUCACCCUUUCCUCCGCCAUGUGGUUCUCAUGGGGAGUACUGCUGAACUCUGGGAUAGGAGAAGGAGCUCCCAGGAGUUUCUCAGCGAGGAUUCUGGGUAUGGUGUGGGCAGGAUUCGCCAUGAUCAUCGUGGCAUCAUAUACUGCCAACCUGGCAGCCUUCCUGGUGCUGGACCGGCCUGAGGAGCGCAUCACUGGCAUCAAUGACCCCAGGCUGCGUAACCCAUCAGAUAAGUUCAUCUACGCCACAGUGAAGCAGAGCUCGGUGGAUAUUUACUUCAGACGGCAGGUGGAGCUGAGCACAAUGUACCGGCACAUGGAGAAACACAACUACGAGAGCGCCGCUGAGGCCAUCCAAGCCGUCAGAGACAAUAAGCUGCAUGCCUUCAUCUGGGACAGCGCUGUGUUGGAGUUCGAGGCGUCGCAGAAGUGUGAUCUGGUGACGACGGGAGAGCUUUUCUUCCGCUCUGGAUUCGGGAUUGGAAUGAGGAAGGACAGUCCGUGGAAACAGAACGUUUCUCUGGCUAUUCUCAGUUCUCAUGAGAAUGGCUUCAUGGAGGAUCUUGACAAGACGUGGGUUCGAUACCAGGAGUGUGACUCCAGGAGCAACGCCCCCGCUACCCUCACCUUCGAGAACAUGGCAGGUGUGUUCAUGCUGGUUGCCGGCGGCAUCGUUGCCGGGAUCUUCCUCAUCUUCAUCGAGAUCGCCUACAAACGACACAAAGACGCUCGCAGGAAACAGAUGCAGCUCGCGUUCGCCGCCGUGAACGUCUGGAGGAAGAAUCUGCAGUCUUCCGCUGUUCUGUCGCUGCUGAUGGACUUUAAUGUUUGAUCGAGGCAUAAAAAUGCUUUAAACAGAAUGUUAUUGAUCCUGAUUGAACUGACCGGAGCCUGAUGGAGGUCUGUGGGACCCACAUGACCCCAGAGUCUGAGUCGGGUUUAAACAGUCUGAGGCCUGUGUGGGUUUCAGGCUGCAACGAUGCUCUUAACUCACGAUCAAUGUGUUUUAUUGAUCUUUGUUUUCCAUUUCAAACUGAAUGUGUGACAGUUUUUAAGAGUCGAUAUGAGGGCUGGGUAUCGUUUCUACAUCUACACAUAAUAUUCUACUUUUAUUUAUUCUUAAAGUAAAACUGAUAUUCUGUAUUUUUCUUAUUGUCAAUAAAUCCCAUAAUAAUCAGACUCCAACCAACAGUGAGUUCAUCUACUAACAGGUUUUGUGUGAGAUAUCGUAUCUGUCCUGCUAAUACUCACCACAGCACCAAAUGUGGAUUCA